UAAAAUCCUCCUCAAUCCACCCUCCCCGAGAGGACAGCUAGCGCGAUCGUCAUCCGCCCCCACCCCCAGGCUCAACUGCUCGCGGCGAGGCAACACCCGCCCCCUCUUCCCCUCCUCCGCCACCACCUCCUCGCUGACGCGCGCAUACGUCCACGGCACGAUCGGGCCGACCAAUCGCGCGCGGCGGCUCUGGUGGGAAUGGGUCUCCUCGACCAGCUCUGGGACGAGACGGUGGCCGGCCCGCGCCCGGACUCCGGCCUCGGCAGGCUCCGCAAGUACGCCUCCUUCUCCCACUCGUCGUCGUCGUCCUCGCCGGCGCCCGCAAUGACGCGCAGCUUCACCAUCGGCGGCCCGCCAUCGCUGUCCGUCGACCACCAGUCGCCGCGCGGCGAGUCGCCCUACAGCUCCUCCGUCCCGUCCUCCCCGGCCAGCGCGCCGGACUCCCCGUUCGCCGCAGCUACGCCCAAGGCUGAUGGCUGGAGCAGGCUUGGCCGGAAACCCAAGGCCUCCGUCGGGCCGGAGCCGGCCGUCGGGCCGAGGAGCCCCACCGUGUACGACUGGGUGGUGAUCAACUUGGAAUAAGCAAUCGAGCGGAGGACGUACAGAGAGAAAGCUAGCUAGCGUGUGUGUGUGUGUGUGUGUGUGUGUGUGUGUGUGUGUGUGUGUGUGUGUGUGCCUGCAAGUUCGAGGCUGCGUUGUGUUUCCGUACAUGUCCCGUGUUCUUCCGAAACCGUGCCUGUCUGGGCUGGCAUGUGGAGUAGUAGUAUAUCUAGCUAGGGACCUGGUAAGAUGAUGAUGAUGAUGAUGAUCAGUUCGUGGGGGUUGGAAGUUGGCGGCGAUCCGAUCCAGUCUAGUUCUGCCUUCGGCAAGAUGUGUUUUGUUCGGUUCUUCGAUCUGGGGAAGAACUCUGAAAUGAGGAUGUCGUGUACGCCCGCCUGCUUUGUUUUUCUACCCUCCCCUGUAAUUACCUAGUACUGUGUUCAAUGCAAAGCAUGGCUCUGCUUUCUUCUGCUCGUCUGAAGAUCCUGCA